CUCACUGCCCAGCCAUGGGGGACACUUUCAUUCGUCACAUCGCCCUCCUGGGCUUUGAGAAGCGCUUCGCUCCCAGCCAACACUAUGUGUACAUGUUCCUGGUGAAGUGGCAGGACCUGUCGGAGAAGGUGGUCUACAGGAAGUUCACGGAGAUCUACGAGUUCCAUAAAACGCUAAAGGAGAUGUUCCCCAUUGAGGCGGGCGAGAUCCACUCGGAGAACAGAGUCAUCCCACACCUUCCGGCACCCAGAUGGUUUGAUGGGCAGCGUGCCACUGAGAGCCGCCAGGGCACCCUCACCGAGUACUUCAAUGCCCUCAUGGGACUGCCCGUCAAGAUCUCCCGCUGCCCACACCUGUUGGACUUCUUCAAAGUUCGGCCUGAUGACCUGAAGCUGCCCUCGGACAGCCAGGUGAAGAAGCCAGAGACAUACCUGAUUGCCAAAGAUGCCAAGAAUAACGUAGCUGACAUCACAGGCCCCAUCAUCCUUCAAACCUACCGAGCCAUUGCUGAUUAUGAGAAGAGUUCCCGCACGGAGAUGACUGUGACCACCGGAGAUGUGGUGGAUGUUGUGGAGAAAGGCGAGAGCGGCUGGUGGUUUUGCCAGAUGAAGACAAAGAGAGGCUGGGUCCCCGCAUCCUACUUGGAGCCCCUUGACAGUCCUGAUGAGGCAGAGGACCCGGAUCCCAACUACGCAGGUGAACCAUAUGUAACCAUCAAAGCCUACACCGCUGUGGAAGAGGAUGAGGUGUCUCUGUCCGAGGGUGAAGCCAUUGAGGUCAUUCAUAAGCUUCUGGAUGGCUGGUGGGUGAUCAGGAAAGGAGACGUCACCGGCUACUUCCCAUCCAUGUAUCUGCAGAAAGCUGGGGAGGAGAUAACCCAGGCCCAGAGGCAGAUCAGAGGCCGUGGGGCACCUCCGCGCAGGUCGACCAUCCGAAAUGCACAGAGCAUCCACCAGCGUUCUCAGAAGCGCCUCAGCCAGGACGCCUACCGCCGCAACAGUGUCCGAUUUCUGCAGCAGCACCGUCGCCCAGCACGACCUGGGCCGCAGAGUGCGGAGGGCACAAAGAACAAUCCAUCGACUCAGCACAGCAAGGCGCAGCCCGCAGUGCCCCCAAGACCCAGCGCGGACCUCAUCCUGCACCGCUGCACAGAGAGCACCAAGCGGAAGCUGGCGUCUGCCCUAUGAGGGCGCUGCCGCCUCUAGAAGGCGUCCCGUUCCUAUCCCUGUAUAUACUUGUAUAUAACUUGUGGUCAGAGGGUCCUCCUUGCCUUAAUGUUGUUUGGAGUGAACUGAGACUCUGUCGUCAAGGACGGGACUGGGCUUCGCUCCAGGGGUAUUGCUAGGGGGCAGUGAGCGCUGCUGGGGCAGUUUGCAGGAACAGAGAAAGGUGUGGUUGCAUGCUGCUUUAGUCUUGGCCAAGAGCAAGUUUGCAGCAGGCCAAGUGCUUUAGUGAGGCUCUGAGACAGCAGUUCUCAACCCACAGGAGUCGCCUAGGGCAAUGGGAAAACACAGAUAUGUACAUUACGAUUCACAACAGCAGCAAAGUUAUAGUUAUGAAGUAGCAAUGAAAAUUUUACGGUUGGGGGUGCCCACGAUAUGAGGAGCGAUUAAGGGUCGCAGCAUUAGGAAGGUUGAGAAGCACUGCCCUAGGGUCUGUGGAGGACUUCCAGCUGACCCAUCCCCUGCAUCCUAUAAUUGGCUGUGUCUGUGGUCCAGCAUCUGGGAGGUCAAGGCAGAGGCUCAUGUCUGUAAUUUCAGAACCAAGAGACAAGGAAAAUGCUGCCAGGUUCAAAGUCGGUCUGGACCACAUAGUGAAUUUGAGAUCAUGUUGUGCUACAGUGAGAGACCCUGUCUCAAACCACUGCACCCCAAAAUGUAAUCUUAGCAUAGAGGGUCCUGGGGGUUAUGAUGGAAAGCAGCAAUUCAUUCACAGACAGUGCCCAACACGGUCAUUGCUUUCAUGUCCCCUAAGACCCUGCGACAGGUGGCUCCUUCCCCAAAUGCAAAGAAACUGUGCUGGUUAGUCUUCCGUCAACUUAACCAAGCUGAAAGAAGGGACCUCCAUGGAGAAAAUGCCUCCAUGGGGCUGGAGAGAAGGCUCAGCAGUUAAGAGCACUGACUGCUUUUCCGCAGGACCCGGGUUCAAUUCCCAGCAUCCACAUGACAGUUCACACCUGUCUGUAACUCAGUUCCAGGGGAUCCAAUAACCCUCACACAAACAUAUAUUCAGGCAAAACACCAAUGCACAUAAAUUGAAAAAUAAUUUAUAAAAGAGAAAAUGCCUCCAUAAAAACAAGCUGUAAAGCUGGGCAUGGUAGCACACACCUUUAAUCCCAGGAGGCAGAGGCAGGUGGAUUUCUGUGAGUUCAAAGCCAGCCUGGUCUACAGAUAGAGUUCCAGGACUGCCAUGACUACAGAGAGAAACCCUAACUUGAAAAAAGCAAAAAUCACCAGGCGGUGGUGGUGCACACCUUUAAUCCAGAACUCGGGAAGCAGAGGCAGACAGAUCUCUGUAAGUUCAAGGCCAGCUUGGUCUACAAGAGCUAGUUCCAGGACAGGCUCCAAAACUACAGAGAAACCCUGUCUUGAAACACCAAAAAGAAAAAAGAACCC